AUGGCCCGUCGCCGUACUCAUCAGCUGCAGUCGCUGUAUCGCCAACGAACUUCGCGACCAAUCUCACCUUCGGACGGACCUGGUUGGAUUUACGUCUACAUCGACAACGGCAACGAGUUCAAGAUUGGAAUGACAAAGAACUUCGAGCGCCGAUUUGGUUUAAACCAAUACUGGCUGCGAAUAGACGUAGAGCGGAAUCUGUUGUCCACAUUCUUCUGGAGAUUCAGCUGUCGGGUACACGUCGAGAAAUUUGUUUUUGCUGGUAAUCGCAGGGAUAUUCGGAGGAAGAUCUUGGGUCCAGCGUUGCGGUGGGCAGUGAUGAUUUAA